UUCCCUCCCCACAGAAAUUGACGUGUAAUCGCCAACGUCAACCGGUCACUGUGACGGACAGUUCCCAGGACGGGGAGGGUCAUGACCCCGCGCAGUGAUACCCCUGAAGGUGGAGGAGCAAGAAGAGUUGAAUAAUUCAGCACUUGGUGUUUGACGUUCACACAUCCGGCGACAGCUGUAACUCCGACAGCGGGGAUUGAUGCUGAAACACAGGCCUGGACGCUGACACCCCACUGCCUCCCCCUUUUCUAUAGUCUUUUUUUAAAAAAAUGCCUUUAUGACAAAGGAAUAGAGGCAGCUAAUCUUGAACCUGACAGUAACUCUAGCUGCUUCAACCCACUCCCUGCUGAUUGUUGGGCUUAAACCCCACUACGAGGUCAGUUUCACGUGAUGUUCCUGCUCAGGGUGCAUUGAGGGUUAUAUAAUCUGGCACUGAUGUCCUUGCACAAUUUAUGCCAUUUAAUUUGGAAAAAUAGAAGGAAUAGCACUCCAAGAAGACUUUGCAAUUUCCAGCCUGUGCUGAAUAUGAAUGAUAGUGUCUAAAAAGGGUAUGUCCCUUAAGGAGAGAGGUGCCAAUGUCCAGCCGGCCUAAUUACAAUACAGGGGGGUCACUGCGACGUUCACAAAGGAACACUGCCGGGGCCCAGCCACAAGACGAAGCAGCAGGAGGAAGAUCACAGUCAGAGGAGAGGAAACAGAUUCCAAGUAGGACAACUGCUAAAGCAACAAAAUUGCAGUCAGACACUACCUCUGGUCAAUCCAGAGGGCGUGUGUCGCGGAGGAAUUCCAGGAGCUGUAGCUCUUCAUCUGUCGCAUCUGUGCCACAGCAAGAAGAUAGAAUUAGGUCAGAAAGACCCAAAACGGGACAACCUAAAAGGGACAACUCCAAAAGCAGCUUAAGAGGCGUGAAACGUGGUCCAAGCCCUGAUCACAGCAGUUCAAACUCAACCUGCUCUGCGAAAAGAUCCAAAGCACUUCAACCCACUGAGAAUCCUACUGAAACACAAAAACACAAGCUGCAAACUAAGUCCCCAAAGAAAAGGAAGCCUGUGCAGGAUCAGAUAAGGACUGCUCCAGCAGCAUCAACAAGCAAGGCCCAGAGCAGAAAACAGACUGGGUCUGCUGGUGCCUCCCCUUUUCAAAAAAGGAAAAAACUUGAACCUGCUGCGUCUAUAAGUGAUUCUCUGGCUGACUCGAUCAGUGCUGAAGAGAGGUCUGCUAAACCAACCAAGCUGGCUUCAAAAUCAGCGACCUCAGCCAAAGCUGGGUGUAGCACUGUCACUGAUUCUUCUUCCUCUGCCUCUACAUCAUCUUCCUCCUCUGCUGCUGUGCCUCAGGGAGCCAGGCUAAAACAAGGAAAAGAUCAGAAUAAAGCUCGUCGUUCUCGCUCAGCUUCUAGCCCUAGCCCUCGCAGAAGCAGUCGGGAAAAGGAACAGAACAAAACUGGUAGUUCCUCCAAAUUUGAGUGGGCUGCUCGAUUUAGCCCUAAAGUUAGCCUGCCAAAAGCAAAACUGUCACUCCCAGGGUCUUCUAAAUCGGAGACUUCAAAACCAGGGCCUUCAGGUCUCCAAGCAAAGUUAGCCAGCUUGAGAAGGUCUACCAAGAAGCGCAGUGAAUCGCCACCAGCAGAGCUCCCCAGUUUGAGGCGGAGCACACGGCAAAAGACCACGGGCUCCUGUGCUAGUACCAGUCGGCGAGGCUCUGGCCUAGGCAAAAGAGGAGCAUCUGAGGCUCGCCGACAGGAGAAGAUGGCAGAUCCUGACAACAACCAGGAUGGAGCAAAUUCUUCUGCACGCACAGAAGAUGUACCUCAAGGAGCAUCAGCUUCUAGUUCUGUGGCUGGAGCUGUUGGAAUGCCAACCUCUGGAGAGAGUGAGUCUGAUGAUUCAGAGAUGGGGCGACUACAAGCUUUAUUGGAGGCACGUGGCCUUCCACCCCACCUUUUUGGUCCUCUUGGUCCACGAAUGUCCCAACUUUUUCAUAGGACAAUUGGAAGCGGAGCAAGUUCAAAGGCACAGCAGCUUCUGCAGGGUCUACAAGCUACUGGAGAUGAGAGUCAGCAACUUCAAGCAGUUAUCGAAAUGUGCCAGUUAUUGGUGAUGGGUAAUGAAGAAACCCUGGGAGGAUUUCCAGUGAAGAGUGUUGUCCCAGCUUUGAUAACUUUGUUGCAGAUGGAGCACAACUUCGACAUUAUGAACCACGCUUGCAGAGCAUUGACUUACAUGAUGGAAGCUCUGCCCAGGUCAUCGGCUGUGGUUGUUGAUGCAAUUCCUGUCUUUUUGGAAAAGCUGCAAGUCAUUCAGUGCAUUGAUGUAGCUGAGCAAGCUUUGACUGCUCUGGAAAUGUUAUCACGAAGGCAUAGUAAAGCCAUCCUACAAGCUGGAGGAUUGGCUGAUUGCUUGCUGUACUUGGAGUUCUUCAGCAUCAAUGCACAGCGAAAUGCUUUGGCAAUUGCAGCAAACUGUUGUCAAAGUAUUACUCCUGAUGAAUUUCACUUUGUUGCUGAUUCAUUGCCUUUGUUAACCCAGAGACUGACUCAUCAGGACAAGAAAUCUGUUGAAAGUACUUGUCUGUGUUUUGCUCGACUGGUGGACAACUUCCAGCAUGAAGAAAACCUGCUGCAGCAGGUAGCAUCCCCGGAUUUGUUGACAAACAUACAGCAGCUCCUGGUGGUGACUCCCCCAAUUCUCAGCUCUGGCAUGUUUAUAAUGGUGGUCCGCAUGUUCUCCUUGAUGUGUUCGAACUGUCCUACCCUGGCUGUGCAGCUUAUGAAGCAAAACAUUGCAGAAACACUGCGAUUUUUACUUUGUGGAGCUUCAAGUGGCAGCUGCCAAGAACAAAUUGAUCUUGUACCGAGAAGUCCACAGGAACUUUACGAGCUUACUUCCCUUAUCUGUGAAUUGAUGCCCUGUCUACCCAAAGAAGGAAUUUUUGCUGUUGAUACCAUGCUCAAGAAGGGAAGUGCACAAAAUACAGAUGGUGCAAUAUGGCAAUGGCGUGAUGACCGAGGUCUGUGGCAUCCGUACAACCGAAUCGAUAGUCGCAUAAUAGAGGCGGCCCAUCAAGUGGGUGAGGAUGAAAUAAGCUUGUCAACAUUGGGUCGAGUUUAUACUAUUGACUUUAACUCUAUGCAGCAGAUCAAUGAGGACACUGGGACAGCCCGUGCUAUUCAGAGAAAACCCAAUCCAUUGGCCAACACAAAUACAGGUGGUCACUCUGAAACCAGGAAGGAUGAUGCACGUGCUCAACUAAUGAGAGAGGAUCCAGACCUGGCUAAAUGCUUUAUAAAGACAUUGUUUGGUGUGUUGUAUGAAGUGUAUAGUUCGUCAGCUGGACCUGCUGUCAGACACAAGUGCCUUAGAGCAAUUCUUAGAAUAAUUUAUUUUGCUGAUGCUGAACUUCUAAAGGAUGUUCUAAAAAAUCACGCUGUUUCCAGCCACAUUGCUUCCAUGCUAUCAAGUCAAGAUUUCAAGAUCGUAGUAGGAGCACUUCAGAUGGCAGAGAUUUUAAUGCAGAAGUUACCAGAUAUUUUCAGCGUUUACUUCAGAAGAGAAGGUGUGAUGCAUCAAGUGAAAAAUUUAGCAGAGUCUGAGACUCUACUGACCAGCCCUCCUAAGGCAUGCAGUAGUGGGAUAGCAAGUCUGGGCACAACAGCUACAAUUAGCACAGCCACAGCUGCAAGCAAUACCAUUCCUGAUCUAGGAUCCCCCAGCUUCCAAAGUAUGGAUGACUCUUUGGAUUUGAGCCCCCAGGGCCGAUUAAGUGAUGUCUUAAAGAGGAAAAGAUUGCCAAAACGUGUAACCAGGAGGACAAAGUAUUCACCUCCAAGAGAUGAUGACAAAGUAGACAAUCAAGCAAAGAGUCCUACAGCUGCCCAGUCUCCCAAAUCUUCCUUCCUUGCAAGUUUGAAUCCCAAAACAUGGGGAAGGUUAAGCACACAGUCAAAUAGCAACAAUGCCGAACCAGCACGCACUGCCGGAGUAAGUGGCAUUGCACGGGUCACCUCAAAGGAUACCAUGUCAAACAACAGAGAGAAGAUAAAAGUAUGGAUAAAGGAACAAGCCCAUAAAUUUGUUGACCGUUACUUCACCUCAGAGAAUGUGGAUGCAAGCAAUCCAGCACAUGUUCUUCAGAGACUUUGCUCUGCCACUGAAACAACUAAGUUACAGGUGGAUGGAGGAAUUGAGUGCCUUUUAGAAAUCCGCUCAAUAGUCUCGGAGUCUGAUGUGUCGUCCUUCGAAAUUCAGCACAGUGGUUUUGUGAAACAAUUGCUGUUGUAUUGACGUCAAAAAAGUGACAAAGACCUUGUGAAUCGAAAUGUCAGAUUGAGAAGGUUUCUUCACGUUUUCUAUGGUUGUCCUCCUCCAGGAGACGAACCUCUUGGUCGACUUGAACCUCUUGGAAAUGGGCCAUUGCUCGCAUUGGUGCAUAAAAUGAACAAUUGUCUGAGUCAGAUGGAGCAAUUUCCAGUGAAGGUGCAUGAUUUCCCAAGUGGGAAUGGAACAGGAAGCAGGGGAUCACAGGCUCUGAAAUUCUUCAACACACAUCAAUUGAAAUGUCAGCUGCAGAGACAUCCAGACAGUACCAAUGUCAAGCAAUGGAAGGGUGGUCCAGUGAAGAUUGAUCCGUUGGCUUUAGUACAGGCUAUUGAGCGUUAUCUUGUUGUCAGAGGGUAUGGAAGAAUACGCGAGGAAGAUGAAGACAGUGAUGAUGAUGGCUCCGAUGAUGAAAUUGAUGAGUCAUUGGCUGCCCAAUUCUUGAAUUCAGGGAGUGAGCACAGACUACAGUUUUACAUAGGAGAUCACUUGCUGCCUUAUAACAUGACUGUUUACCAGGCUGUCAGGCAGUUCAGUGUGCAAGCUGAUGAGGAAAGAGAAUCCACUGACGAUGAAAGUAAUCCGUUAGGGCGGGCAGGAAUAUGGACAAAGACCCAUACGAUAUGGUACAAGCCUGUUCGAGAAGAGGAAGAAGGAACCAAGGAUACAGUUGGUGGGAAGCGAGGACGAGCUCAAUCUGCACCCACGAAAACCUCCCCCAGAAAUGCAAGGAAACAUGAUGAGCUGUGGCAUGAUGGUGUGUGUCCUCCAGUAGGAAAUCCUUUGGAAACCUAUCUGAUUUCAGUUCCUCCAGAUGGUAUAACAUUUGAAGACCCAUCAUUGGAUGUAAUUCUGCUUCUGAGAGUCCUUCAUGCUAUCAGUAGAUACUGGUAUUAUCUAUAUAAUAAUGCAAUUUGUAAAGAGAUUAUUCCAACUAACGAAUUGAUCAACAGCAAAUUGACUGCAAAGGCUAACCGCCAGCUUCAAGAUCCUUUGGUUAUUAUGACAGGAAAUAUACCAACAUGGUUGACAGAGUUAGGAAGGACCUGCCCGUUCUUUUUCCCAUUCGACACUCGGCAAAUGUUAUUCUACGUGACUGCAUUUGAUCGUGAUCGAGCCAUGCAGAGGUUACUGGAUACUAAUCCAGAAAUCAACCAGUCUGAUUCCCAGGAUAGCAGAGUUGCUCCCCGUUUGGAUAGGAAAAAGCGCACAGUGAACAGGGAAGAGCUGUUAAAGCAAGCAGAAUCAGUGAUGCAGGAUUUAGGAAGCUCCAGAGCAAUGCUGGAGAUACAAUAUGAAAACGAAGUUGGCACAGGUCUGGGUCCGACAUUGGAAUUCUAUGCACUUGUAUCUCAGGAACUGCAGAGAGCUGAUUUAGGUCUCUGGCGGGGAGAUGAAGUUACAUUGUCGCACCCUAAAGGCAACCAAGAAGGGACCAAAUAUAUCCAUAAUCCACGUGGCCUCUUCCCUGUUCCUUUUGGAAGAAAUACAAAACCAGCAUAUGUAGCCAAAGUGAAAAUGAAGUUACGGUUUCUUGGCAAGUUCUUGGCCAAAGCAAUCAUGGAUUUUCGAUUGUUGGAUUUGCCUCUUGGCUUAUCAUUUUACAAGUGGAUGCUCCGACAAGAAAGUUCCCUUUGCUCCCAUGACCUUUUCAAUAUUGAUCCAGUAGUGGCAAAAUCAAUUUGUCACCUUGAGGAUAUUAUAAAACAAAAAAAGAAAUUGGAGCAGGAUAGAUCACAGAGCAAAGAAUGUCUUCAACAGGCUCUGGAAAGCCUCAAUAUGAAUGGCUGCUCUGUUGAAGAUCUAGGUCUGGAUUUCACACUACCUGGGUAUGCCAAUGUUGAACUGAAAAAAGGAGGGAAGGACACAGUUGUCACAAUACAUAAUUUGGAAGAGUAUCUGAGGCUUGUGGUAUACUGGACCCUGAAUGAAGGUGUUUCCAAACAGUUUGAAUCUUUUCGAGAUGGCUUUGAGUCUGUUUUUCCACUCCAUCAUUUACAGUAUUUUUACCCCGAGGAGUUGGAUCAGCUACUUUGCGGCAGCAAGUCAGAAGCAUGGGAUGUGAAGACUUUGAUGGAAUGUUGCAGACCAGAUCAUGGAUAUAAUCAUGACAGUCGUGCAGUGAAGUUUCUAUUUGAAAUACUCAGUAGUUUUGAUGGUGAGCAACAAAGACUAUUUCUUCAAUUUGUUACUGGAAGUCCCCGACUUCCUGUUGGAGGGUUUCGGAGUUUGAACCCUCCACUGACCAUUGUCCGCAAGACCUUUGAGUCUACAGAAAAUCCUGAUGAUUUCUUACCCUCUGUAAUGACCUGUGUUAAUUAUCUCAAGUUGCCAGAUUACUCCAGUAUCGACAUAAUGCGUGAAAAACUUUUAAUAGCUGCUAGAGAAGGGCAGCAGUCGUUCCAUCUCUCCUGAUCACAGCAUCUGAAUCUUCAAGCUGCCUGUUACAACAAAUGACAAAAAUCAUGAUUUAUUUUCUAAGUGUAUCACUGCAUCAAGGCAAUGUGUACAGCGUACUUGUUGUAGAAAUGGCUUGGUAUGCUACAAUUCUUCAACAAAAAGACAUGGAUGGUAUAUUUAUUAAAAAUAGCCCCUAUGGACUGAAAUUGAAAAAAGACCCCAAAGUUAAUGCAAGAUUUAAACAAAUAAAUUCUUAAAUAAGUUCUUGUUAAUUUAACAAUUAUCUGGGUGCAGUUUUUAAAUUGCUUUUUUGCUGUGUGGUAUUCAAAUUCAAAAGAAAGGGAUGUUUAUCUUCCAGGAUGACGGAACAAUAAAAUGUCACUGUGCAGUUUGAUAUUGGUGUGUAUAUCCAUCUGGAGCCUACAUUUCUGGUGAUUUUUUUUUGUUUCCAAAGAUUAAUAUGUACAAACAUACAGAAACGACUCACUUAUACCUUGCAUAAAAUAAUUCAACCUCUGGUAGUGUCAUUUGCAUUUUUCUUGUUAAUCUUCACCCUCUCCUUCAUCUGGUUUGUCUUUUUAUGUUUAACUCAUCUGCACUUGUGUGAUGUAACAUAGGGUUCUGCUUUUGUGUGUGAUGUUUCCUAACCCCAUGAUGUAACAAUAGGUUAAGCUAAGAGCUUGAAGGUUUCAGCUUUUCUUAACCUACAUCGUCCUUAAUUGUAUCAUAGUCUAAAAUUUAUUCCUCUCUACAAUAUUCAGAUUCUAGUACUUGCCUGUAGUUUUAUUGCAAACAAUAGGACUGUUGGCAGAAGCCCUUAAUCACACACUAGAAUUGUUUACAGAAUGAUUUCAGGCAACAAUUCUCAACAAUACUGAGGAAACUCUCUCCUUUUAACCCCCUUAAAUUCGGUAGUUUAAACCAAUGUCGAGCUGGUUAGUCUGUUAUUUAAGGGACUGGUAGCAUUUCCAGUUGGUGUAAAACUUUAAAAGAAAAGUUCCACUUGCUGUUAUAGUUGGACAGUUGCUUUAUCUUGUUUAAUUUACCUUGUUGUAGUUCACUUAAUUGUUUUUUUUGCACUGCUAGCUUUGAACAAAAGUAAUAGUUGAGCUCUCUUGGUUUGGUAAGGAUAGUGCACCCUGUAAACAUUGCUCUGUCCAACUGUUCAUGUGCUGGUUUCUGAAAUCUGCAAUAACUACUUCAUCAGGUUAAUGUUUUUACCUGAACAUAAAUAAAUAAAAUGUUUGACUCA